CCUGUAGCCGUCAGGGAAGACGCGCGCGUCCCGCGAAGUAAAUAAAACAAUUCUAGCUUCAGUGAUUAAAAGCUAUCCAAACAGUGAAGUGAAAAGAACAUUAUUUUUGGAUUUAUUCACGCUGCGGGAAAUGUUUCUUCAACCGAGACGCUAAAGGUGAAACGAAAUGGCAGUAAACAGCCCCAGCGGUUAUCCUCCCAUCUCCCCAAAACCCCUAACGCCCAAGAGCCCACGGCAUUUCAUUUUUCCCCAGAAAAGCCCAUCAAUAACUUCGAGCACAUCAUCUUCAGGGUACUACACCCCUCAAUCAGGCUGCAGUUACGAUAAGCAUGCUCCACCAAAAAGCCCUCUUGCCCACGGGCACAGAAGUCCCAUGAGCCCGAGGCAUUUCAACUUCAACCCCCCAAAGUCUCCCUCAGAACACUCCAGCCCCUGCCAUAUCGACAGAGGCCUCCACUACACGACAUCAUUGAAGCACCAUCGACGUGAGAAGUCCAGGUCACCGAAACCUCCUCCCGUGCACAUUCACACAAACCCUGGUUAUGUAUCACCGAACCGAACCAGGAAAUUAUUCAGCUCAACUUCCACAGUGAGUUCUCCACGCAUGGUGACAUCGCCCAGCAUUAUAUCCAGCCAUACUGAUGAUUCCACCGAUGCUAUGGCUGGUACCCCAUCGGCGUUGAUGCAUGACGCUGAUGAUGAAGCAACGACAACAUCAUCAAGAGCUUGCCGCAAGUCAACGUCUGAUUUAACAGAUUUUACCGAUGACACUCCACAGACGAGGUCAACAAGCAUCAGUAGACCAUGCUCUCCUAUGAGAAGGGGUUCUGUAAAAGGAGGAUUAGCAUAUCUAGCGAGUAGAAGAGGAUCAAGGGAUUCCACGGUGUCAAAUUGCGAUUCAGUUGAAGAUAUUGGACCUUUGAAUUUUCAAAAUACGGUCCGUGGACGGCAGAGACGUACUUCCAAUUUCUUGGAAUUGCCUGUUGUUGAACACUCGAGACCCCGUGUCUGCUCGCUGCCUGAGAAGCCGUACAACCCUCGGGUCUCUGAUGACCUCUACAGACUUCGAACGUUCUCUAUUACCAAUAAGGGUGGGGUGGUCAAUUGCGGUGACUCUAUAUGCAAUCGACGUAGCCGUUCCAACACCUCAGUCAAUUCCACUAACAGCAGGGCUUCAGAUAGGUCUCCGUUCGAUGGUUCAUGUUGUUCUGGAUACAGGCCCGUGGACUCCAGCAGCCUCACCACACCCGAUGAAGACGACUUGGAUCCCAUACCAAAAUAUCGAGUGGUGCUGUUAGGCGACGCAGGAGUUGGCAAAACGGCACUGGUCUCACAGUUCAUGACGUCAGAGUAUAUGAACACGUAUGAUGCUAGUCUGGUAAAACGUGACGACGAGUUCGGUGAAAAAUCCGUGUCCGUACUACUUGAUGGAGAGGAGUCCGAGCUCAUAUUCAUCGAUCAUCCGAGUACAGAAAUGUCUGUGGAGAACUGCCUUUCAACCUACGAGCCGCAUGCUUGCGUCGUGGUCUACUCUGUUGUCGCCAAAAGCUCAUUCACCAGGGCAGCAGAACUGCUGGCGUACCUUGCGAGAGAACAGUUCACUUGUGAUAGAACUGUAGUCUUGGUUGGAAAUAAGGCUGAUCUAGCAAGAGCGCGACAGGUUACUACUAAUGAAGGAAAAGCUUUAGCCACAUCGCGUGAUUCCAAGUUUAUUGAAACAUCCUCUGGAAUUCAACACAACGUCGAUGAGCUUUUGGUUGGGAUUCUAAAACAGAUACGUUUGAAAGAGAGCAGAGAGAAGAAACAAGCAAAGAAGAUCGGUAAACAGGACGCAAAACCUUCAAAGUUGGCCAGCUCCCGUACCCACAUAUCUCUCAGCAUCGCCCGGGAGCUCCUUCAUAAAAUCUGUAUCAACGAUAUCUCAAAGUCUAAAUCCUGUGAAAAUCUUCAUGUACUGUAAACCUAACUUGUCGCGAAUUUAAAACAUAUUUAGUCUAUACUUGUUAAAGUAGUUGUAACUACUUCAGUGAAGGUACUACUUCCGAUAAAUUUUGGCAACAAGAGUUAUUUUACAUUGUAAACCACAAAUAGCUUUUGAAUAGUUCGUCCUUAUCACUCUCGUGUCACUCUGCAUAUGUAAAAAUGUUAUGACACAUUUUCACUCUUUCGGUUUUAUACAACGUGAACUAAAGUUUUUACCAUGUUUUAACGGUUAGCAAUUCUUAAGGUGCGUACAGACUAUAUAACAUAACAUGUUAUACAACAUUGAUAUACAACCUGUUUCAGAUAAU